GGAGGGUCUAUUUAGGAUUCAAAAUAUAGUUUAGGGAGUUAGAAAAUAUACGUAAAUUUAUUUCUUUCUAAUUGAAAAUAUAAAAAAAAAAGAUAAAAAAUUACUCAUUCAAAAUUCCAGAUUGUUGUCGCAUACAUUAUUAUUAGGUAGUAGGUAUUUCUUUGUUUCUCUUAUCUAUUCUGUGUCAUAUCAUUUAGAAAAUGAAAAUUCAAUUUUCUUUGGAAUUUUGUUUAUAAAAUAGAAUUAUUAAAUAAUUUAAUGAUGCUCAAUCUAAAACUCUCUAUCUCUUUCUCUUCCCUAUUUCUGACCAAUUUUGUCUGAUUGAAACAUAAAUAAAUGUUAAAUUUGAUCAAAUAGAGUGUAAUGAAUAAGAAAAAAAGUAAAUGGCUGGAAAUCGUGCAAUACUUAGGAAUAAAAAUUUUUAAUGGAAAAACUCGAUUCUACUUCACAAAGUAAAACAUGUUUAUGUAAUUGAUUGAAUCAAACCAACCAUAAACAAAACCAAAUAUGUUUUUUGAAUUUUAAGAUGAAACAUUAUAAUUCCAUAUAUAAAAAGUAAAUAAAUUUCGUAGAAAAUCUGAAACAAAAAUUUGUUUAUUUUUAUAACGUUCUUCAUGAUUAUAAAUUUUAAAACAUUUACUGCGAAUCGCAUUUUUUUGGUGAUAUCGAUAUAACGAAUCGCAAUUCACAGAUAAACAUUUGUUUAUAUCAGUUUUAAUCAUUUUUUAUUGUGUUUUUCCUUUAUGUUUCUUUCGAUUUAAAUACGUUUAAGUGCCUUGAAGAAAAUGUUUCUUCCGAAAAUCUUCAGACUUAGAAGCUCUCAACUUAGUGCAAAUCAGUAUUUUAUUAUAAGUCUUGUGUGUGGUUUUUUAAUUAGUUAUUAUUGUCCAAGCAAAUAUAUUCAGGGAAAUGAAUGUGAACUCGAUAGCGACUCAUCAUCAGUUAGAGACAAUAGCGAGUAUAGUCAGUUAAAUGAGGAUUUCGAGCCUCAAUUGAAUCUCGAAAAGAAGCCAAUGAUAGCAAAAAAAGCAGUGAAAAGUAUCGUUCGACCGAGAUAUUUCUCAACAGAACUAAAUGUCAAACUUGAUAGACUUUUUCUUGGAAUACUCACUGUGCAGGAAAAUAUCGAUACUCUCGCUACAGCUUUCAAUAAAACAGCAGCACAUCUGGUCAAUAAAAUCAAAUUUUUCAUCCAUGCUGAUAAUGUCAAGACAAACUUCAAAUUAAAGAACAUUGUCGGAUUCACAGACACACGAGAAAAUUAUCGGCCAUUUCAUGUAUUAAAGUACAUCGCUGACAAUUAUGUCGAAGAUUACGAUUUUUUCUAUCUUAUUGAGGACGCUGCUUAUUUAAAUGCAAAAACUUUAGUAGAACAAUUGUCGCACAUUAGCAUGAGUUUUGACCUUUACAUGGGUACAAAGAUUGAAGAUCGCGAAGAAAAAUAUUGCGAUCUAAGAGCUGGAAUAGUCUUUAGUAGUAGUAUCAUAAAGAAGAUACAAAAAAAAUUGGACAGUUGUGUAAGAGGAGCUGAUGGUAAUCAUCACAGUUUAAAUAUUGGAAAAUGUGUUGAAAUGGCAGCAAACAUUAAAGAGUGUCAAGAGUCGUUUCAAGGCGUAACAAUUUCAAGUUAUUCAUUGUCAAAUCAUAAAAUCUAUCGUGAUUUACAUCAACUACGAAAAGAUCCAUUUUUUAACACUUCAACAAGUAUUUUUCCAGUGACAACAACUGAUGACAUUUACAUUCUUCACGCUUAUUUUUCAAGACUUCACUUGGAAGCUGUUCAGUCAAGAAUUAAAAGUUUGGAACGAGAAGCUCAAAAUGUUGGAAAUGGAACAGUUGCAAAAAAUGUUUUAGAAGUUCAUUGGCCACUUGGUGUUCCAAAUUCAGUUAAACCAGCAGUUCGUCACGAUAUGUUAGUUUGGACACAUCUGAAUCUAACUCAUAGUUUUAUGGGCGAUGAAGGAGUAAAUGUGAAGCCAUUAAAUAAAAUCGACUCACAAAAUAUAAAAAAAAUUCUUGAUGGAAUUCUCAAUGAAGUUGGUAAGAAAUAUCCAGAAUUGAUCUAUGAAAGUCUUCAAUCAGCUUACAUGAAAUUCGAUACUGUCAGAGGAAUGGAUUAUCGAAUUCAUCUCAACUUCCGUGAUUCUAAUGGUGAACUUGUUUUGAAGGGUUUCGAAGUUGUGAAACCAAUUUCACUUAUUCAAAUCAUCCCAAGUCCUUACGUUACUGAAUCUACAAGAAUUGCGAUGAUUGUUCCAACAUUUGUUCAUCGAAUCGAGGAAACGAUGAAUUUCAUAAAGCGCUAUGAAGAAAUCUGCAUGCAGAAUAAAGAUUCAACGACACUCAUGUUAGUUCUGCUGUAUAAUUCGAACGCUUCUAAUAAAGCUGAAUCUGAUGUGUUUUAUAAUUUAAAAAACUUUGCCAUUGAAACAUCAAAACGAAUCAAAACUGACGACUCUCGAAUUGCGUGGGUGUCAAUUCGUUUACCAUCUGAGUAUGAUUACACUUAUCAUGAGAGUGAUGAAAUGUUGAGUUCAAUGUACGCUAAUCAAGAAAUUUUAUCACUCGCUGCAACUGAUCUUGCAUUAAGAAAAAUUGGACUUGAAAGUCUCGUGCUUUUAUUCACGAAUGUAGCACAUUUUAAGAAUGAUUUUCUUAAUCGUGUCAGAAUGAAUACGAUUCAAGGUUUCCAAGUAUUUUCUCCGAUUGGCUUCAUGCAAUAUCCAUGCAAAUAUACAGCAUUGUGUAAUUCCUGUGAGAAUUGUGACGUGUCGCAGAGUGGUGGAUAUUUUGAUCGUCACAAUUAUGAUAUCAUCUCGUUUUACAGUCGAGAUUAUGUAGAAGCGAGAAAGAAACUUGAACCUUACGUUGCAAUUGUACGUAAAGAUGCUGACAUAAUUAAUCUUCAAUCUCGUCAAUAUCAAGACGUUACUCGAGUUAUCGACAUAUUUAUUCGUGCCAAAACUUCAGUUCAUCUUUUAAGAGCUGUUGAACCGACGUUGAGAUUUGGAAUUGGAUUAGAAAAGUUCUUGGAAGGUAAUCCUAAUGGACCAAUGCCAAAAUGUGAAUAUCAAAACACUUCGAUUGACUACAAAUGCAUUAAUCUUGCAUCACGAAAACAAUUAGGAGAAGCUGUUAUGUUGAUCGCACAAGCUAAUUAUUAAAUGUCUUCAUUUUCAUCAACUUUUCAAUGUUUAGUUUUAGUUAUCUUUCAAAACACUCAAAAUCCUUAGAAAUCAACUCAUAACUCAAGUGAUAGACGAACCAAUUAUAAUAAAAGUUUUAAAAAUUAUUUACCAAAUA